AUGCGCAUACUGGACGUGGAUAUCUACAUUGUGGUGUACGCGGUUGACGAAGAAGCCUCAUUCAAAGUGGCCAAGUCGAUUAUCAAGAAACUACAGGAAAUGAGAAGGUUAAGUGGCAAACUGCAACUUCUCUACCUAGUCGGCAAUAAAACUGACCUCGUUCGCAGUCGGCAGGUAACGACACAAAGAGGCCGAAGAUUUGCUGCUGUCAAUGGAGCCACAUUCUUUGAGGUAUCAGCAGCGAUUAACCACUUAGUGGACGAAUUGCUUGUGGACAUGGUGGUACAAUGGCGCAAGGAGGUAACACAGCAUGAAUUUAGUCGCCUGGGCUUGCCUACGCAUCCAACGAUCACCGCCGCGUCCAGUGAUGCUGGCGGUGUCGCAUCCUCCUCCGCUUCAGAGAACCGCGGGCGCCAAAGCUGGACCUCGACUCUGAGCAACCCGAAGAACAUGCUGCAGCGCAUCUUCAAACAACAAUUCACCGCUAAGUCGUGCAUGGAACUACAAAAAUCUUGA